GUAAAAAGCCUAGUGCUUAUAAUUCCAUUGAAUUUACUUUACAUAAGUCCAUUCCCUACUUACAAACUAGUGAAAACAAACUUUUUCUAGCCAAUGAAACUCCUUUUAACAGUUACAAAGUAGGAGACAAAUUAGCCAUAGAUUUAGAUAAAACUCGCUUCUUUUCUCCAAAUGUCGAGAGAGGCAAGAUAGGAAAUGGUAGUGGCAUAGUAGCCAAGUUAGUAGAGAAAGAUCCUUCUACUCCUUCUUAUAAGAAUGUUCCUAUUUAUAAAAGCGAGGAGUUUGCGGGGGAAUGA